CCGCACUGAAUGCAUUCACCGGCAGACGAAAGCGGUGAAUGCAUCACCACGGUUGACAGUCGUGGUGAAUGUCUGGCCUAACAAUGAAACUUCAAACGAACGUAAUUUUGCGCUUGGUUAUCCGAUUGUAGCGAUUUUUUUUAUUUCACAUAACUUUUUAAGAUCUUUCAAUCUGCAACAAGCCUUCAUCCAAAAAAAAAAUUUCGUUUGCUACUUCGAACAAGCAAUUUUUCGAUUUUGUCAAAGUUAUGCGUAAUAAAAAAAAUUCAUGACAUUCGGAUUGAGGAGCACAAAGUUAUGGUCUUCCAAAUUUUGUCAAAAUCGAAAAAUUGCUCGUUCAAGGUAGCAAACGACAUAUUUUUGGGAUGAAAGCUUGUUGCAGAUUGAAAGAUUUUGAAAAGUUAUAUGGAAUAAAAAAAUUUCGCUACAAUAGGAUAACCGAGCACAAAGUUGCGUUCUUUUGAAGUUUCACUGUUAGGUCAGGUAUUCAACGCGAUCGUCAACCUCGGUGAUGCAUUCAUUGCUUUCGUCUACCGCGAUGAUGCCCAAACAUGUGUAUUUUGGGAAAUUUUCAUAAAACGUGUGUAUUUUGGGAAAUUGUUUUAAGAAUAUGUGUAUUUUGGGAUUUUUUUUCUUUUAUUUUGUGAGAAAUAAGUUUUAAAUAGAUAUGUGUAAGAUAAAUUUUAUUUCACUCAUUAAAUUUUUAAAUUACUACGUAUUUUGUAUAUAUAUAUAUAUAUUUAGAAAGAGUAUAAAAUGAUUUAAACCGGCCGGAUCCCGAUCAGAUCAAUAAACCUCAAACUCCUUGCUUGACCAGCUCAAUUACUUAAAUCGGUUUGACAACCUUGAUUGCACUCAUGGUUGUAAAUGAGCCGAAUUGUUCUAUCCUCAACAAAAAAUCAUUCGAAAUUUGACUUGUUUACCAAAGAGUCCGAUUUUGAAUUAACUUUUGUUAAGUGAGGUUGUGAAUUAGCUCGAUUAGGUGGCUUGUUGAGCUCAACUUGUGACAUGACUCGUUUAGAUCUCAUGAGAUAUCUCAAUAUUGUGGUUAAAAAACCAACUCGUUUACUAGCUUAUGAGCGAAUCCAUCUAUAUCUUAUGAGUUGGAUUUUGAUAGUUAAUAAAAUUGUUCAAUUAUAUAUCUCACGUUAUAUGAUAUUUAAAAUAUUUAGUAUGUGAGCAAAUUUGUAUUAUCCUUCAUGGGCAUACUCUCCUUCAACGAGGACUUCGGUGGCAGAUUGGCAAUGGGGCCCUGGCCUAUCCAUCAUUCGAGUUGGGUGCCAGCGUUUCACCCCAUCCCCCUAUGUGUCUUCCGCAUAUAGAUCUAGAGGGUGAUGACCCAAAGGUAGUGGAGCUUAAUGAUCAGGUAAGGGGAGGAUGGUGCAUCCAAUCGCUUCAGAAGAGGUUUCCUUUGGAGGUGGUUCGUGCGAUAUUGGCGAUUCCCUUUCCUAGUAUGGGUAUGGAGGCUAGGCUGAUAUGGCACGAUACGAGUGAUGGCGUGUUUUCUAUUAAGUCAGCCGACCACUUGGCGGUGUUGGUUGAUAGGCAGGUUGGUAUGUGGCGCCUCGUGGUCAGCUGGAUGGAUAGGACGAGCUGGAUGAGAUUGUGGGCCCUUAAGAUCCCCCCUAAGCUAAAGUUGUUCCUAUGGCAAAUCUUUCAUCGUAUCUUACCUAUGACCGAGGCACUCAUUGAGAAAAGGGUACAGGUGUUGCCAAGGUGUCCGGUGUGUUGGGUGGUGUCUGGGUACAUGUGUUCCCUGAGAAGUGUUUGCUUAGGAUGAAUCAGUCGGAACAGAUCAUGGCUCUGGUAGCCCUCUUGUGUCGUAUUUGGAAAUCUCGUAACUGGGCAGCCUUUGAGGGCAAGCAGUUCACAGUUCCUCACUUAAUUUGUCAGUAUCAACAACAGCUUCACGAAUGGGUAUCCUUGCCAGAGGAUUCUAUGGUUCCGGGUUGGGUAUCACAGAGUCAUAAUCGAAGGGAGGGGGCCUUGCCUAAUAUCGUCUAUAUGUGGAUGGAACGGUAAGUGUUGGCUCACAUUCAGCGGGAGGAUUGGUGGUAAAGGAUGGUGGUGGUAAUGUGAUAUUGGUCAAUUGAGUAUCUUUUCCAAGCAUCGUGGACCCUCUAGUGGUUGAGACUCUUGUGUUCCGUGAGGCAAUCCAGUGGUGUCAGACUCUUGGCCUCCCCCAAGUUAUGUUUGAGGGAGAAGCAAAGGUGCUCAUUGAUAAGGUUAAUGCCAACGAUGCACGUGAUGGGCGCGUUGGGGCUAUUAUUUAGGAGAUUUUGAGUUUGCUAGCUCUCAAUAAUGGUUUCCAGGUUAGGUUUGUAGGUCGGAAUAGCAAUAGGGUUACCCAUUAUGUGGCUAGAAAGACCCUGUCUUUGUCUCCGGUCUCGUGUCCUUUGUAUGAUUUUUGAGCCUGGGUUGGUUCUAGGAUGUACUUUUCUUAAUCAAUAUGAUUAUCUUAAAAAAAACAAAUUUGAAUUAUUUUUAAUUUGAAAAAUAAAUUAUAUACUAUAGAUUGCUUCGAUAUAAUGAAAUAAGAAUAUAAGAUGAUUUAUACUAGUUAAAAUUUAUGAACUAAGGGGUCAUUUGCUUUGUGGAUUUGGUACCCGAAUUCGAUCCAUUAUGGAUUUAUUGGAAAUCCAUUAUUUGCUUGUAUAUUUUUAGGGACAAAAUUUAUGGGAUCCGCGAAUUUUAGGGUGCGCCUACGGUGACAUGCAUGCCACUGUGACUUGCACUUUUUGGUCGACCUCAGUUAGGAUUAGGUUGACCUCAUGUAGGAUUAGGUCGACCUUAUUUAGGAUUAGGUAGACCUCAUAUAGGAUUAGGUCGACCUAAUUUGUUGUUUCAGUGUAAAACAAGUUGCAUGGUGCAUACUUUGGAGAUUCAUAUCUUACAAUUGGCUUGAUGGAAAUUGGAUAUUAAUGGCUUGUUUUGAAGCUGGAGUGUCCCUCUACACAUUGAAGUGCUUGGGAGCUCGAUAGGAAGUCCAGAAGGCCAUUUUUGAACUUGAUCAAAAGGCUAUGCCAAAAUUGGGAAACUGGCUGAAAAUGGCAAAGUCUGGGAACGUGUUUGUGAAGUCUACUUUGGAGCUCAAUUAGAGAAGCAUGGAUGCGAGUCGAGUCCAGUGGCCUUUACCAAGUUAAAUUAGGUAUGUUUUUAUACAAACUCAAGUCAUUGGAUCAAAGAUUGGAUAUCUGUAAGGCUUCAAACAAAAGGGUCGAAGUUGCUACGAAGACUGUUUUUAUGGCAGACUUCGAGCACAAGCAAGCUGCCAGAAAAACAGCCUUCGCAGCAAUUUCGACCCUUUUGUUUGAAGCUUACAGAUAUCCAAUCUUUCAUCCAAUUCCUUGAAUUUGUAUAAAAACAUACCUAAUUUAACGUGGUAAAGGCCCAUGGACUCGAUUCACAUCCAUGCUUCUCGAAUUGAGUUCCAAAGUAGGCUUCACAAACACGUUCCCAGACUUGGCCACUUUCAGGCAGUUUCCAAGUUUUGGCAUAGCCUUUUGAUCAAGUUCAAAAAUGAUGUUCUGGACGUCUUAUUGAGCUCCCAAGUACUUUAAUGUGUAGAGGGACACUUCAGCUUCAAAACAAACCAUUGAUCUCCAA